GCCGUGGUGUAGAGGCUGAGUAGGGUCAAAGAGUCUCGGGAUUAAUCCCCAGAUGAGAUCUGAAACCAAAAGAUAAUCAAUCCUUUUUCUUUAUUCUAAACCUUUCACAACAUACUAUUGUUUUAAUUUUCAUUGGGCUGGAUUAAGUUGUUAUACGACCCGUGUCGAGAAUCAGCCAGGCUGGGGGCCCAAACAAAUAGCCUAGUCGCGAACGGAGUAUCUGGAUACCUGGCGCUCUCCAGAUUAUUUAGCCUUAUCUAAGUACAGCGGAUCUCUGCUUAGAUGGACAUUUUUUCUCCGCAUCUCGUGGGAAUAGUAUGGAGUCAAAAUAUGGAAAAAAACAAAACGAAACCGGUGAAACGCCGGAAGGAAACAUGGCUAAGCCAGUUUUACUAAACACACAAAGAAUAUCGCAGAAGGCGAGUUCUUUAGGAAAACCGGAGUCUAACUUCAGAAUUUUGGAAGGCUCUAGUGCAAAUUUGGAGGAUACACAGGAAUUACAGCCUGGACCGAGUAGUCAAGUACAAAGCUUUGACAAAGUCUGGCCUAAUAUUGACUGCAAUUCUACGACAGAAGUUUCGAAAUCUUGGCAAAGCAUGAAAAGAAUGCCAACAGCAGUAAUUUCACCCUCACGGAGAGCUUAUAGAGAACGGCGGUCAGCAUACAGGAAUUUGGAGAGAAUCGAAAAAAUUCCUGAAGAUCAAAGAUCGGAACAAGACAAAUCCACGUACAUCUGGGCUAAAAGUAUUAUGGAAAAGAGGCUUGAUGAGAAGACUGGGGCAUCUAAAAGACAAACCACGUCGGAGGAUUCACCUUGUAAGGCCAAAAAACCACGGCCACAAAUUCCGCGAUCUAAUGCACCAGCAGUUAAGACAUUUGACCAGAAUAUGAAGAAUAAUUUAAUUAUCGCUGUUGUGGACAAGGCGCAAGAUGAUGGGAGGAUCUCACUGGAAAAUUGGAGGAAAGUUGAAAAGCAGCUGAUGAUUAAUUUCUGCCAGGUAAUGAAAGAGAAUCCAGGGCCGUAUCCCUCAUGCAGGGAUAGUGGUUGGCAUCAAGGAUACAUAAAACUAGUGACCUGCGCGGAUCAGAGAUCAGCUGAUCUGUACACUAAAGCGAUCCAAAAGAUUGGUGAAAUUUGGCCUGGUGCAAGGCUGGCCGUUAUUGCAAAGGACCAAAUCCCAGGUAGACCGCGUGCUCGUUCCUGGGUGCCAGCAGAACCCUCAGAUGCAAACACAAUUUUGCAGAUGAUCCAAUUUGGAAAUCCUAAUCUACCAACUUCCAACUGGAGGGUAGUGAAAUUGGAAGAAAAAAGGGGCGAGUAUCGACAUAUUCUCAUAAUAAUCAAUAAAGAGUCACUGGCGCUCUUAGAAAAACAGAACUUUAUUAUCAAUUACGGGUUCAGCUCAAUAACCCUGAGAGUUUAUAAAACGGACGCAAAACCGGACGGAAGUCAAAAUCGGGAGACGAAACAAAAUGUUUCCUCAGAUAAGAAUACGGGGCGAGAAGAGAUGAAACCGUCGAAAGGGAAAAUUUCGGUUGAGUCAAAAAUGGCUGAUAACGUUAAUGAUGAAGAUUUUGUUAACACGGCUGACGAAGCCAUUGAAAACAGUAAUGCUUCAAACAGUUCAAAUAAAUUUCCACUACUUUAAAGCAGCAUUAGCUGCGCUUUUUUAUCGCCUGCAGGGGCGGUGUUUAUAUAGUCUGGGUCAAAGAAGUUGACUCAGGACGCAAAAUUGCAAGUUGUUUCUUAGUAAGAGCGGCGAAAAGAGCAAUAAAGAUAUGACUGUAGUUAAUCUGGAAUGCCGGAAGUAAACAAGUAUUAGUUGGUAUAGCCUAAUCUCUUGAAGUUGGCUUUUCUUUGCAAGUGAUAUUAAUUCGCAUCACGUAAUCUGGGGAAGCUGUUCAAAAAAUUCGGGAGCAAAACUUUCUUACUAAAA